UUAAAAGAUGAAUCUAAAAUUUACGUUGGUUACAUUAAUUUUUUUAGAACGCGUCUGUUAUAUUUUGGGUUGUUAUCCAAAUGUAGUCGGCGCUGACUGCGAUAAAUGUGAAGAAAACUAUUGGAACAUUCGCAGUGGAAAAGGUUGUGAACCUUGCGAUUGUGACCCAGUUGGUUCUAAACAUCCCCAAUGCAACGAGGAUUCAGGAGAUUGCGAUUGCAAUGAAAAUUUCGGAGGUAGACGAUGUAAUGAAUGCAAAGCGAAUUAUUGGGGUGAUCCUAAAGCCGAUACAUGUAUUAAAUGCCAAUGUAAUCUCGAAACUGAACAAUGCGAUCGAAACACUGGAAUUUGUAAAUGCGGGGAAUGUUUCAAUAAAUGGAACAAAACUUUAAUUGAUUUUGAACAUGAAAUAAAUAAAUUAAAAGAUCGUAAUAACGUUACAGCUGAAGCUGCAUACACAAAGGAAUUUAAUUUAAUCGAAAAUACAUUAAACGACAUCGAAGAUUUAUUAAAUCAACCACCAAAGAAUGAUUCAAAUUUAGUUGAGGGAGAGCUCGAUAGUUUAAGAGAAUUAAUCAACAAAACGGAACGCGGAGAAUUAAAGCAUUUAAAUGAAAUCUUAGCUAACGCAACUAGCGAAGUAGCAAAUAUAACUUUGCAAAACUUCAAAAAUAAAAUAGAUUUGUUAAGGAAUAAAGCAGAUGAGUUGAUGGCGAAUGGGACGAAAUUGCAAGAACGCAAUGUAGAAGAUGCUCUAGAUAUAAUCAAAAACGUUAAAACUAAAGCAGAUGAUGCUGCUAAAAGCGCAACAAACACUCAGGAUAUUAUAAAAAACAUUGAAAGUCGUUGUAAAAGUACCGAAAGUAAAUCAAAUUCAACUAAACACGAAGAAGAUGUGGCUUCCUUAAAGAACUUAACUGAACUAAUUAAAAAUUUAAAUGAUUCUUUACCUAAAUUAAACAAAUUAAUUUGUGAUGGGUCUGAAUAUCCAUGCGAUAAUACUUGCGGUGGAACAACUUGCAAUGGUACUAAAAACCAAGCGAAAAACGCAAACAGCUUAUCCAUAAACACUGAAGCUUUAUACAACGACAAAAAGAAAUUACUUAACGAGUACAUAACAAAUUUAAGAAGCAUUAACGGCACCUUACUUAAAAAUCAAACAAUAUUUGCGUUUAAUAAAUCUUUAGAGGCCAAAAACGAGGCUUCCGAUAUGACAGAUAAAGUCAACGAUAAAUUAGCUAAAAUCGACGAGUUUAUGAAACAAAGCAAUCCGAUUCCUAAAGAAAUUCAAGAUAAAAUCGAUAAUAAAACCAAGAAUUUUAAAUGGGAACCAGAAGAUAUUGAAGAAUUUGCAUUAAAUAUUAAAGAGACCGCGGAUUCUUUAACAAACGUCGAACCGAUUCGCGCAGAAACUGAAAAAAAUUUAAGCGUUGCAAAAAAAUUAAAAGAAGACGCCGAUGAUGCUAAAAAACAAGUUGAUGAUAUCAAAAACAUCGUAAAUAACAUUGAAAAUUUCUUAAAAAAUACAGAAAUCAUUCAAACAGAAACCGAAACGAAAAUUGGGAACAUCUCGCAAUCAUUUGACAAUAUAACAAUACAUUUAGACAACAUUGAUAAACUAACAAAUGAGACACAACAACAAUUCGAAACCACUUCCAAAAACAUAGAAACCCUCAAUAAAGAAUUAGCUGGUCUUAAAAAACUUUUAGGUAGUAAUUUAUUUGCAGCUCAAUCUUUGAAGAACGAAUCAAUUAACAUUAAGACGAAAACUGAGCAAACGAUGCUGAAAUUAAAAGGUUUAUUAAAUAAUUAUGAUGAAGCGAAAACGAAAUUGAACGCAAGUAUAGAAAGGGUAAAUAAAUCAAAAGCGAGGGCGAAAAAUUUAGUAAAUAGGACUCUUAAUUUAUCGUUAAAUGUUGAAGCAAAACAGGAAAGUAUUUCGAAAUUAAUAACCCCGCCCAAUAAUAAGUUAAAUUCGAUCGAAGAACAAUUAAACCAACUAAUUUCGGAUAUGGAUAAGCAUACCGAAGAUAUCGAAACGAUUGCGGACCAUUUUAAAUUUUGUAACACAAAGAACAUAACAACUCAAAGUGAAUAAUUUUAUUGCCUAAACGCGGUGUGACAACUAAAAUCAAACACACUAUAUAUUGUAUAUAAGGAGUUGGGUUAAAUAAAAAAUAAUUUAAUAAUCAUCGCAACAUUUUUAUUGUUGAUUUCACUUAUGGAGCUACUUUAUUACAAGCACAAUUUUUAUUUUAACCUUAAAAUAAAAAAAUGCCACACUCCUUCGGUUUUUAUUUAAUUCAUUAAAAGUUGUAUUGUAACAUAAAGAAAAUGUUCUAGCAACAAAUUCAAAAUCCCAUCCCAUAUGGCGGUAUUAAAUCAUA